CUUCCCGUCCCGUCGCACCCUGAAAUUCCGACGCGGAGCAGUGGGCGGGAAGGGGGAGAGAAGAGCGCGGGAAAGGCCACCAUUUUGCUAGGGUUCGCGGCUCCCACUUCACUUCUCGCUGCUCCCCGCCACCGCCAGCCGCCGCGCGCAGCAGAGGAGGGAGGGAGGAACGAUGCCGCGGAAGGCCACCAAGGAAGCCGAGCCGCAGCCGGCGGCCGCCGCGCAGGAGGAGCCCGCCCCGGCACCGGCUGCCGCGAUGGCCGAGGCGGAGGUGGAGGAGCUGCCCAAGGCCAUCGUGCGCCGCCUGGUCAAGGACAAGCUCGCCCACGUCGCCGGCGGCGGGGAAGGCGCGGAGGUCAUCGUCAACAAGGACGCCAUGGCCGCGUUCGCCGAGAGCGCGCGCAUCUUCAUCCACUACCUCUCCGCCACUGCCAAUGAUAUGUGCAAGGAAUCAAAGAGGCAGACCAUCAAUGCUGAUGAUGUCCUCAAGGCGCUUGAUGAGAUGGAGUUUUCAGAGUUUGUAGAGCCACUUAGGAUCUCACUGCAAGGUCAGUAUUGUUACCUUCGUCCUACUAUUCACUUUGUUAGAUACUCCAUGUGGUUAUCCAUAUGUAGGACCUCACUGCAAGAAUUCAGAAACAAAAAUGCAGACAAAAGGUCAGAAGCAAACAAAAAACAAAAGGAGAAGAGAAGGAAACUAAAUGAAGAGUCUCUACCACAGAAGGAAAAUGAUCCAGCUGAUGAUGCCGAGGAGAAUGAUGAUUAGCUUUUUCUGCUGGAGUGAUAGUUACAUGCAGAAACCAAGGUGUUACUGUUAUGUUGUUAGUUGUAGGCACUAUGUGCUGCAUGUUACCUCUGUACUGCAGAACUACCGUAGACCUGAUAUGGAGCUGUAUAAUUCAAGUGCCCUGCUGUCAGUUCCAGCUCUCAGGUAGCUACUAGAAUUCUGCUCCAGAUGAAAUGAUUUUUAUGAGCGGCAUCAGCAAUAUAUUGUUGCAAAUUGCUGGUUUUUAUUCUACCUCAAGUCAAAUAGCUUAUCACGCAUCCUGUUUAGAUGUUGAAAUUGAAUGUGUUGUGUCGCUCGCAGUUGUAUCCCCAAAUUUGAGUAAAUCUUUUGUGGCGUCGAUCAUUGUCAA